AUGUCCAUGGCCUCGAUGAUGAUGUCUUCUUUGCAAGCCACUGCCUCCUCUGCACCCUCUCUCCACCCCAAAACUUCCUACUCUUCCCGAAAUGCUCCACGCCGGUCCACUACUUGCAUUAGGAGUAGUGGUGAUAAAAGCGGCGAGGAAUCACCUCUGAUCAAGUUGGAUAGACGGAACAUGCUCAUCGGAUUAGGUGGCGGUCUGUACGGAACUACUCUGGGCCUCGGUCUUGAUAAAAAGGCAGCCGCGGAUCCGGUGCUCGUCCCGGACCUACGCACUUGCAAACCUGCCCAUGACUUGUUCAACACCACCAACACGACGGAUUAUGCAUGCUGUCUGCCUCUACCGACUCCCUAUGAAAUUACUGAUUACAUUAUACCCAAUCCACCAUCGAAUCCCGGCGUAAGGAAGCCAGCCCAUAAGAUGGCAACGGAUUAUCCUGAGGAGCUGACGAGGUUCGAGACGGCUAUUCAGAAGAUGAGGGAUCUGGACACGACCGACCCAAAUAGCCCACUGGGCUUCAGGCAGCAGGCGCAAAUACACUGCGCCUUCUGCAACGGGGCGUACAGCCAGUAUAAUAAGGAGGCAAUUCCUUUGCAAGUACACUUCAGCUGGUUCUUCUUGCCGUGGCACCGAUGGUACAUCUACUUCUUCGAGAGGAUCCUAACGAAACUGCUUGAUGACGGUAACCCCGUUACACUUCCCUACUGGAACUAUGAUAGCACUGCCGGGAUGGGGUUCCCAGGUAUCUAUGCAGAUUCCACGUCGUCCCUCUAUGACGAUUUACGCAACAAGGUCAAUGCAGUUGCAGGAAACAAUGUGGAUCUGUUUUACUCACCAGACAACACUAGGCCCCUCAUUACGCUAGAUCCCCAACUAAUAGUUAACAGGAACCUAUGUUAUUUCCAAACGAUCUUCGACGCAGGCGCAUCUGAUCCAUUGCAAUUCAUCGGAUGCCCCAUUACAGCAGGGGACCAGUCUAAUUUUGCUUAUGCCGGUUACCUAGAGAACUUGCAUAACGUUGUUCACCAGUGGACGGGUACGACCGAUGAUGAAAAUAAUAACAAUUUCGAUAUGGGUAACUUCCUCAGAGCAGCGCGGGACCCUAUCUUCUACGCACAUCACUCCAAUGUGGAUCGCCUGUGGGAAAUUUUUAGGACCAGAAAUAACGCAUCGAACUUCGAAGCCAAAUAUCAUGACUGGCUGAACAGCUCCUUCGUUUUCUACGACGAGAAUGCGAAGUUGGUGAAAGUGACGGUAUCACAGUCACUUAAUAUUGGGCAGCUAGGAUACUCAUACGAGUCGUUGGAAUCUGAAUGGAAUUGCAAUGACGUGAACAUGCUACCGCCCAAAAGUCCGUCCCCCUGUACGUCCGCGAGCAGUGUGCAAGCAUUCGGGGCCUUGCCUAAGGCCCUUGAGAAUGACCCCAUCCGUGUCUUGGUCAAACGGCCCAACUCAUCUCGUAGUAAGUCUGAAAUACAGAACACGCUGGAGGUGGUUAUGGUGGAUGGAAUCGAGGUGGAACACACAAGCUCCACCCGGUUCGAUGUCUUCAUCAACACCCCUUCUGAGGAUUGCACCAACCUUGGAGACUUUGCUGGGAGCUUUACAACUGUGGCUCAUGGGGCCAAACAUGGGGAGACGUCGGACGGUAAUGAGAAGAAGCUGGGCCUGAAGCUCGGGAUAACGAGCAUGGUCUCAAAGCUCAAUGCUGAGGCCGCUGAGAACCUCGUUGUGUCGUUGGUGCCACGAAUGGGGUCUGUUGUCGUCGGUGGAGUUCACAUUGAGCAGGUCGAGAAGAAGACUGUGUGA